AUUGCUCAAACAUUCCCCGGCAGUUGGGCGAAGCGAACACACACGCCAGCCAGCUCAAAUAAGCAUACAAUAAAUAGACUGCGCGCAAAAGUUUCCAACGAAAAGGAAGUGAUACUCCUCGAGCGCUUAGGGUGCAGUUGCAAGCGCGCACACCGUGAAUUUGUGCGAAAAUUCGUGAAUUAAAAGAAAAUCGAAAACAGCUCGCGCGUAAGUGUGAAACGCGUGCGAAACGUGAACGAAAGUUUUGAGCAAAUUUAAUAUUUUUGGCGUUUUAACUAGCGCGUUUGUUGUUGUUGUAUUCUCCGCAUCAAUACAGCUUGUGUGAAACUGUUAUAAGACACGCGCGAAACUUUCAACUCGAGCGACAAGCGCAUUGAACCGUUAAACCGACAUUUUCGCCGUACAUCCUGGGCGCAUAUCCUUGCCGAGCUGUGUGUGUGUGUGUGCGUUUGCCGCUGCUAAUGCUGCUACUUAGCACAACCAUCUCAUAUUGAGCUGACAAUUUCGUGGCAAAGCUGUGCGCAAAUAAAUUCCUUCACGUGCAUUUACAGUUGCUACACACGCGUAUAUAAAUACAGCAACAGCGCAUCCGUCGACGACGCGCUUAAAUAAGUGCGGCGCCCCUGCUUGUGACGUGCUGCCCCUCUGCUACGCAGUGCAAUUGCCUGGAUUCAAAUUCUUUUGCUGCUGCUGCUUUUGGUGUACAUCCGCUGUGACAAGAUGCAUUCGCCUGCCACCAAAGUGACUGGAUUCAUUGUCCUGAUGAUUGUGCAAAUAAUUCUACUUGCACUCUUCUGGCUGUUCGUGCGUUAUGGCGAUGAAGCUUUGCCCCUCGCUGAAGGCGAAGAAUUAGGCGAACCUCACGUUUCCAAAUAUCCGCAUUUCCAAGAUGUUCAGGUAAUGAUCUACAUUGGCUUCGGCUUCUUGAUGACCUUCUUACGCAAGUAUGGCUACAGCGCUACCGGUUAUACGCUAUUUUUGGCAGCACUGGUCGUACAAUGGUCAAUUUUGGUCAAGGGAUUCUUUCAUAUGGAAGAUGGAAAAAUAAGCUUAAUUCUGGAAAACAUUGUGGAUGCAGAUAUCGCCGCCGCUGUUCCCUUGAUUAGUAUGGGUGCAUUAUUGGGACGUACAACACCGAUUCAACUCUUGUUUAUGGCCAUAGUCGAAAUAGUUUUAUUCGCCGCCAAUGAAUAUGUGGCUUUGAACAUUUUCAGCGCCUGUGAUGUUGGUGGUUCAAUAACGGUGCACGCCUUUGGUGCAUACUUCGGUCUGGCGGUGAGUCUAAUGCUGCGCCCCGGCAAGGAACAAAAUGCGGCUGGCAAAUACGAAGGAGCCAAUUACACGUCGGACAUCUUUGCCAUGAUCGGCACAUUGUUCCUGUAUGUGUAUUGGCCGAGCUUUAAUUCGGUGUUGGCCGACGGCAACGCCCGGGAGCGUGCCAUACUCAACACGUAUUUAUCAUUAGCAGCGGCAACAGUUACAACAUUCAUAGUAUCGGCACUUGUUAGUCACGAGAACAAAUUGGAUAUGGUGCAUGUACAGAAUUCAACACUGGCUGGCGGCGUGGCCAUCGGCACUGUUUGUAAUUUGCUAGUCGGUGCACAUGGCGCUAUAUUAAUUGGCAUCAUUGCCGGUUGCAUUUCGGUGUUGGGUUAUAGCUACCUCUCGCCCCGCAUCACCGCUGUACUGGGCAUACACGACACUUGCGGUGUUCACAAUUUACAUGGCAUGCCAGCCAUCCUCUCAGCGAUUGCCUCAGCGAUAUUUGCCUGUUUGGUCACAAAGGAAAAAUACAAGUCCGAAUUGGGUCAAAUCUUCCCAGCUAUGGCUGCAGCACCGGAGAAUAGCAACUCAACAAUUAUACUUGGUGGUUAUGAACGUACGGCAACCGCUCAAGCUGGUUUUCAACUUUGCGCCAUUGCAGUCACCUUACUGGUGGCCAUUGUCGGUGGCAUCAUAACAGGUGCUAUCCUUAAAUACACGGGCAUGCGCAAAUUGCAGAAGGACGAACAUCAUCAGGACGAGCUACACUGGGAGGUGCCAGAUCAUAAAGAAGACUAGUAAAGGCCCAAAACAUAAAUAAAUUAUGUUACAUUUCCAUUUUUUACAUGGAAAAUUUAGAACACUUCAUUUGUAGCGUCUUAAGUUUUUUUUUUUUUUAUAAAUAAUAUGAUAGCAGCCAAAGUGCUGUUACUUUGUGGAGUCCCAACACAAUCUAAUUGUAAUCAUAUAAGUAUAAUCAAUUUGAAUUAUUUUAGUUGUUGUUUGUUAGAUUAUUGAUGUCAUCACUGUUUAGUUUAGUUUAUGUAGAGCAACGUCGAAUACUAUGUUUUAUGCCACACUUAAUAAACACGAGCAAUUUCGAAGCAAA